GCCCCAUGCAAAAUUCGGUAUCGAUCAGUGAGAAAUCAAUACCAGAAAAUCCCACAAUUAAUUGGACAAUUCGUUAUAAGCUCAAUUUUGAUUUAUUGGAUUUUCCAACGUUGUCGGACACAGUAUGCAACUAUUUAUCAAGCAGUUAUCACAACUCUUGACACUUUGUAAGGUAUGCCAAGUUGCCUUGGCAACUACAUAAGCUACGAGUUCAACACUCUAAGGUGUCACUCACUGCCAAACAAUCCUCAAUCGACUAAUAUUUAAUAGUGCAGUUUUCGCUAAUAAUAAUUAGCAAUAAUUCUCACAAAAAUGGCUCAUCAAUUUCAAAACUAUACCCAAAAUGACGACUGGAAUCGUUGGGAAGUGGAAACUUUACAAGAAAAUAAAAAGGAAUAUUACCCCUUCGAACAUGUCAAUGCAGACACGUUAUAUUUCCAAUUUAGUAAUUUCCAAUUUCCAAUUUUAAGCUAUGCCCUAGUAUUUAUUUACCUUAUCGGAAUUGUGACAACGCUUCGAUUUAUGCAAGAUAGAAAACCAUACAACUCACUUAAAAGUUUACUCAUCUCCCUUUUCGUCAUAAAUGCAAUUUUUGGAAUUGGGGCAACAAUUCGGACAUUGCCGAGAGUUCGUGAUUCGAUUUUUAAGCAGGAUGGGCUUUACAAUUUACUAUGUGUCAGGAAUGGACCCUUAAAUUUUGACUUCUUUUGGGUAAUUAUGUAUCAUUGGUCGAAACUUUGGCAGUUGGCGGAAACAUUUUUGAUCAUUCUGCUUAAAAAGAAUUUGACCUUGUUGCACGUCGUUCAUCAUUCAAUUAUGGCAUUCAUGUCGGCAGCAAUUGCACCUUAUGGGGAACCCCUCAUGUACUGCAUCUUCUUCUUGAACGUGCUCCAACAUGCAAUGACAUAUCCGAUCCUGGUUGCGAAGAUGUUGGAAUUCAAAGUGUGGAAGGGUAGUAAUGCAUUCAUUCUUUUGAUGGAAAUGGGCGUGGUUGCAGCUGGAGUUGGAGGCAGUGUGUACACUCAAACAGUUAUAGGAAAUGGAGGAGAUUGUGUUCGUAACCCAACGAGUAUUGUUCUGUUUAAUAUCGGAAUUUGGUCCAUUUUGCUGCUGGUUGGUAAAAUGCUGUAUGCCGAAAUUGUCAGUAAAAAAUAUAAGGGAAAGAAGGCAGAAUAAAUUGUAAAUGAAUAGUUUAGCGAUAAA